ACUACGUGACGUCAUCAUAAAACCCACUUGCCAAGAAUGUAACCUUGGAAUUAUCUGAAUUAAGCUUCUGUUUAAUUAAUUACAAUCUUUUUUAAUUGUAUCUGAGAGUAGAAUCGUCAAAUAACAAAACUGCAUUGGUCUAAGAGGCCUUUUCCCCGUCUCAGUAUAGAAUGUCUCGUCAUGAGGGGGUCAGCUGUGAUUCUUGCCUGAAGGGAAACUUUCGAGGUCGUCGCUAUAAGUGUUUGAUAUGUUACGACUAUGAUUUGUGCUCGACCUGCUAUGAAGCUGGGGCUACAACCACCAGGCACACAGCUGACCACCCCAUGCAAUGUAUUCUCACCAGGAAUGACUUUGACUUGUAUUAUGGAGGAGAAGCUUUAACAGCAGAACAACCUCAGUCUUUCACUUGUCCCUACUGUGGGAAGAUGGGAUAUACAGAUGCCACAUUACAUGACCAUGUCACUUCAGAGCAUGGAGAGGCAUCUACGGAAGUGGUAUGUCCCAUUUGUGCGUCACAUCCAGGAGGAGAUCCGAACUGUGUGACUGAUGAUUUCGCAGAACAUCUCUCAAUACAACACAGAACACCAAGAGAAUUUGAUGAACCAGCAGGAAUAAGACAUGUCCGUAGAAUACCCCACCCUGGGCGAGGUGUUAGUGGUACGAGAACACGGAGAGCUAACAUGCAUUUUUCCUCGGGAGGCUCGGCCCUGUCGGGCUUGUCUCCGGGCACACGUGAUACCAUGGAUCCCAUCGCUGAGCUUCUGUCUCAGUUGUCUAGUGUUCGAAGUCGGGCUGCUGCAGCUCAGAGCGUGUCCUCACAGUUACAACAGCUAGAGAUGCAAUUACAGUCCACUAGUUUGGAGAGCUCACAACACUCUUAUCUACCCUACAGACAACAACUAGAGAGACUUCCAAAUCGUCGUCAAGUGGAGUCCAGUAAAAGUAAUGUUACGAAUUCAGCUAAUUCAGGGAGUUCCACAGAUAACCAGGGAGGACAGACCCAGGCCAGCAGUAGCAAUGCCGCAAAGUCAAACUCUCCGUAUUUAUUGGUCAGGUGUAUGGAAAAUGCUGAGAAUUCUUGCAAAAGUGUAGGCCAGGAGGCAUAUGAUAGGAGUAUAUUUGUACAAGAACUGUUGUUGUCAACACUGACAGAGCAACUUCAUGUGUUAGAGGAGGCAUCAGUUUGUUUAGAAGAGGAGGGUCCCCGACUGACUCCCUCAAGUAACGAGGCGCAAGACAGUGUAUCACCAUCAAAUCCUACCACACAGAACAAAGCUCCCACUACAAAGCCAUUGCCCUCAGAAAAGAAUAGUUCUACAACAGCGGCCAAGACGCAGUCAGCUGGCGGAGGUGGUGGUGGUGCUAAUGGAUCGACAGUAUCGGCACCACGUGGGGGAUCAUCUCAAGGAGCCACUCCUGUACGACAAGGUCACAGUUCUCAUGGAGGGGUCUCCAUGUAUAAUUCACACCCCGGGGCUAACCCAGUGUCUGCAUUAGCAGGAGCAAGCAUGGGGUCAAGUAACCCUGUACCCCUUCCUGGGCGACCCAUGUCAGCUGGUCAAAGAGACAAUAGAAUGAACCCUGCUGCUGUUAAGAAAGCAAUGUUUAAGCCAAUGCCAACAUCUCAAAUGUCAGAUCGUGAGCCACCUCCACAUUGAGGCAGGCCCUGCAGUUUGAUCUUUAUUCAGAAUUACUAAAUCCAAAAGACAAUGGAUAUGUGUUAGUAUAAAUAAUAUUUAUUGCUUGUAAAUGAUUUUUUGUUUCACUGGUCUAUUAAUUCAUUGAAAGUUUUAGUGUUACUUGUCAUUAUCGACAAAACUGAUACACUAAGUUCUUGUAUGAAAAUCUUAAUCGUGGCACAUGGUAUUUCAUUUGCUACAGUGUUUUUUUUUUCUCUUAAUGUGUACGAUUUAUUAUAUCAUGAGAAUUCUUGUUCCCCAAUAUUGGAUUUGCCUAUCCGCUGUGAUAUUAUAGUAUGUGCUAUCCAUUUAUGCUACAUGUAGGAGUCCAGUACUAUAAGGCCAUUCCAAACGGAUGUUAUGUUUUUCAAGUAGCAAGAAAGAGAAGUAUGUGAUUUAUAACCCAAACCAUCAGUGCAUUUGUGCUCUGCAAAACAAUUUUUUUUACAUGUGUAUAUUUUGUUUCUUUUGCUUACUUUAUAAUUUUUUUUUCUCUUAAGGUAAAAGAGACCUAAUUGGUAUUUGCAUUCAUCUUAAAAAAAUGAAAAUGUAAAUUUUACUGAAGUUCCACAAUUUUCUUCUUUCUUUAAACAGUUGAAUAAAGCAUAGUCUGUACACGUUUUAUUCAUUAGGUCAUGCUUUAAUAAUACAUCUUCUUUCCUUACAAUCUUAUAAGGGAAGCUACACAGGUUAAAAUGAUGGAGACCAGUAAAUUUAAAAGGAGGAAUUUUAGAAUUUUUUUUCUAAAAAUUAUUUAUGAUAAUCUAUAUUACAUAAACAUAUGGAAGUGUUUACAUAAUAGUCUAUUUAGCUUUUAAAAUAGAAAAGGUUAUUUACAUUCUUAUGUGGAAAAAGCAAUUUCUCCUUUUCUGCAAUGCAGUAGCUGUAACUUAUUUUUUGCCAUUUUCAUUGUUCACACAUUUGCGAUACUCUUGAUACGAUGACAAAAUUUUAAAGACACCUUAUUUUGGUAAGAAAAUUAUUUUGUUUUUAGAAUCAUGACAAAACGUUCAUGGUUUCUUAUUAUUGUAAGUAAAAUCUUUACAAAACAAAAAAUUAUUCACGAGCAGAUGGUCAAAAGAUUAUUACAUAAAAAGAAAACAUAUGAAAUAAAAAAUAUUAAAAGGAAAGAAAGAAUUACUGACAAUGUUAUUCAAAUGAAUGCCCUUAAAAUAUUAAAUAAUCAAAUAAAGAACUUGGACUGAUAGGUCUCUGGACUGGAAAAAAAAUUCUGCUACACAACAAAGAAUUACACAAUGGCCAUUCAUAGAUUAUACAAGUACAAGCAGGCAACAGCAUCUCAAAAAUGGGAAACAAAUUAUUUGAUUAUUUUAUUAAACAUAGAUUUUCAAAUUAAAGAUAAAAAAAUUGGUAAACUGUAUGCACACAAUAUGCAUAUAUUUCAAUGUGUGUUUAUUGUUGCCAGGUGGAUUUAUAAUCUUGAUGGCUUUAUCUAUACAUCAUACACAAGGGAGAUCAUUUAUUGUACCUAUAACCCAUGUUGUUGCUUUAUAGUUACCUUGCAUUGACACUUGUCAGCAACCAAUGUACAUUAUACAUACACGUACAAAUAGGCCAAACUCCAAUGAAAUCAAAAAGUUAAACCAUUCAACACUGACAAUUACUGAUCAUUAUAAUUUCUGGACUUCUAAACUGGUGUUAUCAUUGUAAAGAUAAUUUUAGGAAGGUUUUAAAUUCUUUUAGGCAUACUCCAGAGCACAAAUCUUUUGUAAUGAAAAGUAGUCAUCAGGAAUCUGUUCAGUUUUGUAAUGUAGACUGAUAGCAUGUUGUCUUGGGGAAUAGUAUUAUGAAGUUACAAUGAGCACAAACCUUGUGUCUGGGUUUAGAGUCAGUUGUGUACGUAAGUGAGUGAGAAGUUCAACUGAAAUGGAAUAAAUUCCUAAUGUAAAAUUA